GCAAAUGAAGGCAGCUUGAGGAAGAGCAACAAGUUAAUCAUCCUUCCCGGUGAGGAGAUAACUAACCAACAGCUGCACGCACGGCGAGAUUCGAGAUUGCCUGUGUGCCAGUUUGGGGAACACACCCCUGCACGGAUCAGGAAGCUCGCCCUCUGCUUCUCCUUUGGAUACACAGAGUCACAAACUGGUUCAAAGCUGCUUCCGUGUUGAUUUUUCCUGCAGGCAAGAACAAAACUUUAUUCUGCUUGCAGAGAGCCUCGCCUGCCCCCCAGACAAAGUGGGAGGAGAUGGAGAUGAAAGCAGAUCCUGAAUGUGUUCUUCUAUCCCCAUUUCACUUCUGCCCACACCAAAUAAAGUGACUCUGCAUUGUGUCAGCAGCCUCGGCUGGUUUGAAUCUGAGAGGGAGACAGAAAAAAAUGCUUUCUUUUUGAGUCACCUGCCAGCAUCUAUAAAGAAAGAGAUCUGCACUGUCUGCCUUCCCUGCCUCUUCCCUCUGUGUGUCUCCCUCCCUCACUGCAUUUUUCCCAGGCUGAGGCGUCCAUGGACCCUCUGGCUCCGCUGCUUUCGUCAGUGACUUGGAGCGCUCUGAGAACUUUGUGAACUCCCAGUGUCGGAGUGGGAAGGGAGAGGAAGGGGAGCAGUUGAUGGGACGCAGCCCGGCAGCAGCAGCAGGCUCCUCUGGAGACGGCACCGCGGCUCACAGCUGGAGAUAAUCCCCCCCUGGGCCAUGACAAGACAGCGCCUCAGCUUCCUCACCCCCCUGGCUCUGCUGGGGCUCCUCGCGGGGCUGGCAGACCUCAGCCGUGCCAGUGAGGAUGAGGAUUACUACAUGCAGGAGCUGCUGACGAGAGAUCAGUACAACAAGGUCCAAAUGCUGGAGAAGCCUGUGGCCUCGAUACCUGACAGGAACCGCGAGCAGCCCAGCCAGAAGCCUGGCAAGAAAGUGGCAAAGGGGGGCAGGCAGACGGACAAGACCACCGAUGAUACAAAGUCAGUGAAAACGGCCAACAAAAAGGCCGAGAAGACCAAGAAGAGCCCCCUGAAAACCCCGAACAGCAUCUCGGAGGGAGAGGGACACUACAGCGCGAUCAAACAUGAAUGCCCUCCCAUGGGACUGGAGACGCUGAAGAUUGAUGAUUUCCAGCUCCACGCCUCGACCACGAAACGCUACGGCCUUGGCGCGCACAGAGGUCGUCUUAACAUUCAGGCUGGCCUUUAUGAAGAUGACCUCUAUGACGGGGCCUGGUGCGCUGGGAGGGAUGACCCGCUGCAGUGGUUCGAGGUGGAUGCCAGGAGGCUGACAAAGUUCACGGGGGUCAUCACACAAGGCAGGAGCUCCCUCUGGUCGAGCGACUGGGUGACCUCGUACAAGGUCAUGGUGAGCAAUGACAGUCACACGUGGAUGACGCUGAAGAACGGCUCAGAGGACUUGAUCUUCAGUGCCAACAGAGAAAAGGAGAUCCCAGUCCGGAACAUCUUCCCAGUGCCGGUGAUCGGCCGCUACAUUCGGGUCAACCCUCGCUCGUGGUUCAACAGCGGCAACAUCUGCAUGAGAGUGGAGAUCCUUGGCUGUCCUAUGUCAGAUCCGAAUAAUUAUUACCACAGACGCAAUGAAGUCAUAACAACGGACAACCUGGACUUCAGACACCACAGCUACAAAGAGAUGAGGCAGCUUAUGAAGGUGGUCAACGAAAUGUGCCCCAACAUCACCCGGAUCUAUAACAUAGGGAAGAGCCACAGUGGCCUCAAGCUGUAUGCCAUUGAAAUUUCCGACAACCCGGGAGAGCACGAAGCUGGUGAACCGGAGUUUCGUUACACGGCGGGUGCCCAUGGUAACGAGGUGCUGGGACGAGAGCUGCUCCUCCUGCUGAUGCAGUUCAUGUGUCAGGAGUAUCUGUCUGGCAACCGGCGGAUACGUCACCUGGUGGAAGAGACCAGAAUCCAUCUCCUGCCAUCUGUCAACCCCGAUGGGUACGAGAAAGCCUUUGAAGUGGGUUCAGAGCUCAGCGGCUGGUCUCUGGGUCGGUGGAGCAAUGACGGAAUAGACAUCCACCAUAACUUCCCCGAUCUUAACUCCAUACUGUGGGAAGCCGAGGCCAAGAAGUGGAUCCCCCGCAAAAUGUUCAACCACCAUGUACCCAUCCCGGAGUGGUACCUUUCCAAAAAUGCCUCAGUUGCCGUGGAGACCCGGGCUCUGAUAGCGUGGAUGGAGAAGAUGCCCUUUGUGCUAGGCGGCAACCUCCAGGGUGGGGAGCUGGUGGUGACCUUCCCGUACGACAAAACCCGCACCCAAGGGGUGAGCAGGGAGCCGACCCCCACCCCGGAUGACCACGUCUUCCGCUGGCUGGCCUUCUCCUACGCCUCCACCCACCGCCUGAUGACUGAUGCCAGCCAAAGGGUCUGCCACACAGAGGCGUUCGCCAAGGAGGACGGCACCAUCAACGGAGCCUCCUGGCACACCGCCGCCGGCAGUAUGAAUGAUUUCAGCUACUUGCACACCAACUGCUUUGAGUUGUCGAUGUACGUGGGCUGUGACAAAUUCCCUCAUGAGAGCGAGCUGCCGGAGGAGUGGGAGAACAAUCGCGAGUCUCUUCUCGUCUUCAUGGAGCAGGUGCAUCGUGGGAUCAAAGGCGUGGUGAGGGACCUGCAGGGCCGCGGGAUAGCGAAUGCGAUCAUCUCCGUAGAGGGCAUCGGCCACGACAUCCGCACAGCUGCUGAUGGCGAUUACUGGCGCCUGCUGAACCCCGGGGAGUACAGGGUGACGGCCAGGGCCGAGGGCUACAGCUUCGCCAGCAAGAAGUGCGAGGUGGGCUACGAGAUGGGCGCCACCAGGUGCGACUUCGUCAUCGGCCGCACUAACCUGUCGCGCAUCAAGGAGAUAAUGGAAAAAUUCAACAAGCAGCCCAUCAGAUUGCCCAUCAGGCAGCUCCAAGCUCGCAGGUCCAGAGCGAGACGUCUGGGAACAUAAUGACUGUACGAGGAGGGAGCGAGGAAGAAUUAACAAAAAAACAAAAAACAAACAUCUGCUCUGAUCAGACUGGGGUGAACUCCAAGCCCGGGGUUUGGACCCGUGUCAGAUUCCUCCAGAGUGCUGUCAGCCGAAUUAGUGUUUGAAGAUGGAAAAAUGUGGAUUAAUUUAAAUGGGAUGCUUUAUUUGUUUUUUUUUUUGUUUCGUUUUUGUGUUGUUUUUUUUGGUUUUGUUUCAUCCCCCAGGCAUAAGCUCUCUCUGUGUUCACCGCUGUCAUCUCAACUCUUUUCUCGAUAUCCAGCGUAAAACUUUUAAAUAUUUCAUUCUGUCAGAGUUUGUGUGUGUGACCCCUCUUUUUUUGCAAUUUAUAAUCCACCCCAUCAUUCCUUGUGACAUCAUCGCAGAUAACGAAUAUAAUCACGUUAGAAGUUAUUUUUUUAAAUAAAAGAAAAUUGAAUAUAUAAGUUACAGACGAGGCAAUUAAUGUUAACCACUGUGAGACUGUCUUUAUGUACAUACUUAUUAACUUAUGUAACACAGUUAUGUAAACCAUUACAAAAGCUUCAUUACCCGCACCUGUACAAGUUUUGGUCCUUUUAGAUUCAGUCGACCUUUUGUGCGUCACUGACUGUUUUUUUAUACACUUUUUGGCAAUUUAUUAAAUAAAGACUGUUUGCACAAAUCGAAAUUGUGUGGGUUUAAUUCAUGUUCACUGUGAAAUCUGACAAAGUCACUUUAC